AGCUGCAGCCUGCUGGAGUCACUGCUGGAAGCCAGAGAUCUCCAGGAGAGGGAGUAAUAUGAGGAAGCCUUUCAAUGGGCUAGAUCCCGGCAUUGGACUUCAGGGUUUCCGUUGUGAUUAGACCUGGAAACAGUAUGCAAACAAAUCGGUGAACCGCGGCGGCCUGUCAAACCCCCGCCCUCGUAGCCACCAGCAUCACCAACCCAGCAUCGGGGGGGACUCCAGACGCUUCGCCCCUGCUGGACAGCCCGCGCCGAACGCCAUGGAUUUCAUGUUACCCAUAAGAAGUCGAGACAUGAUAGCGUACUCCAGCUCCGCUCCUCCUCCGGGCCAACAUGGCGGCAGCGCCAGGCACCACCAGCACUACCAGGCGGUCAGAAGAAAGCUGCGGCCGGGACGAAUCCUGGGCUUCGUCAUCAGUCUGGCGGCUGUCUGCACAGUCUGCUCGUGGAGUGCCUUGUCUCUUGUCACAACAGUGGCCACCGAACCAGAAUCCACGCCUGAGGGCCCCGGAGAGGCGGCCGUGCCCCAAAGAACUCUCCUACAGCACCACAACCUCUCAGCCCCGCCGCAGGACUCGCCAGUGGCCAUGCCGUCGACGGAGGAAGACAUGAAUCACGGGGACUACCCCACGGACCUGUUCACGGUGGAGGAGAGGCGACAGGGCUACGUGGUGUUUCAUAUGUUUGGUAUGCUGUACAUGUUCAUAGCUUUAGCCAUCGUCUGCGACGAGUUCUUCGUCCCGGCGCUCACCGUCAUCACGGAGAAGCUGGAGAUCUCCGACGACGUGGCCGGGGCCACCUUCAUGGCGGCCGGCGGCUCGGCCCCUGAGCUCUUCACCUCCGUCAUCGGGGUCUUCAUCUCGCACAGCAACGUGGGCAUCGGCACCAUCGUGGGCUCCGCCGUCUUCAACAUCCUGUUCGUGAUCGGGAUGUGCGCUCUGUUCUCCAAAGAGGUGCUGAACCUCACCUGGUGGCCUCUGUUCAGAGACGUCUCCUUCUACAUCUGUGGCUUGCUCAUGCUCAUCUAUUUCUUUCUGGAUAAUCAAAUCACCUUGGUGGAAAGUAUCAGUCUGCUGAUGUGCUACACCUGCUACGUCACCUUCAUGAAGUUCAAUGCCAAAGUAGAGCUUCUCAUCAAGAGCAAGCUGGGCAGCAACCAGGUGGACGAGCUGGAGACUGCGCCGAAGGUAAAUGCACCUGCAGAUGAUGAGAACAAGCUGAUGGCUAAGCCCAGGCUGCAGAGAGAAGGCAGCUGUGCUUCGCUGCACAACUCGCUGAUGAGGAACAGCAUCUUCCAGCUCAUGAUACACACUCUGGACCCGCUGAGUAAUGAAGGGCGUUUCAAAGAAAAAGCGUCAAUCCUGCACAAAAUGGCCAAACAGAAGUGUAAAGAAGAUGCUGCCAAUUCCAACGGUGUAGCUUCGUCUGAUAAAAACAUCCCCAACAGCUCAAACGUGGCAGUGGAAGUGACGCCGCCCAUGAACGGUGUUGCAGGCGGAGAUGAGGGAGGCGACGAGGAGGAGGAUGAAGACCAGCCUCUGAGCCUGGCCUGGCCGGACACCACCAGGAAGCAGCUCACCUACCUCUUCAUCCUGCCCAUCGUCCUGCCGCUCUGGUUGACUCUGCCCGACGUCAGGAGAGAGUCUUCAGAAAAGUUCUUCCCCAUCACUUUCCUGGGCUCCAUCUGCUGGAUCGCGUUCUUCUCCUACCUGAUGGUGUGGUGGGCUCACCAGGUUGGGGAGACUUUCUGGAUCACGGAGGAAAUCAUGGGUUUGACCAUUUUGGCGGCGGGCACUUCGAUCCCAGACCUCAUCACCAGUGUGAUCGUAGCACGGAAAGGCCUGGGCGACAUGGCCGUGUCCAGCUCCGUGGGCUCCAACAUCUUCGACAUCACUGUGGGUCUGCCCUUCCCGUGGCUCAUCUACAACAUCAUCAAUGACUUCAAGCCCGUGGAGGUGAGCAGCAACGGCCUGUUCUGUGCCAUCGUCCUCCUCUUCCUCAUGCUUCUCUUCGUCAUCAUUUCCAUCGCGGCUUGCAAGUGGCGGAUGAGCAAGCUGCUGGGGUUCCUCAUGUUCCUGCUGUACUUCGUCUUCCUCAUCAUCAGCGUCAUGCUGGAGGACAGGAUCAUCGUCUGUCCCGUCACCAUCUGAGCGGCGGCCUCGCGUCGUUUCACAGCGCCGCGCUCGCGUCGGGAC